CUUACCUUGUAAUACAUCAAAAACGCCGUUUUCUUAUUUUCUGCAUCCACACAAAAUACUCUCUCUCUCUCUCACGUAAUGCCUGCAACAACAACAACACUCGAACACCAGGAUAACGACCCUCAAACUGUUCUCAUUGAAAAGGAAACAGAAAGCGAUGCUGUUGAGUCCAUAAUCCAAGCAGCGCCGAAUCAAGGCAUUUGGGUGUUCGGUUAUGGUUCUCUCAUUUGGAAACCACCAAUCCACUACGAAUCAAAGGUUGUUGGCUAUAUUAAGAAUUACGUUCGACGAUUCUGGCAGCAUAGUGAAGAUCACCGAGGCACACCUGAGAAACCGGGUCGAGUAGUCACAUUGAUCCCAUAUGACGAGUGGAAAACAAUGGAGGAUGUUCAUGGACACGACGACGUAACGUGGGGUGUCGGUUUCAAGAUCCCGUCGGACGACGUAGAAGCUACACGCGCUUAUUUAGAUCAUCGAGAAAAGAACGGAUAUACAGUUCACACAGUGGAUAUUUACAGCACAGAGAGCGAUAAGGAACCAGCUGUCAAAAAUGCACUGGUAUACAUUGCUACGACUGAUAACGAAGCAUAUGUUGGACCUGCUCCUAUGGAAAAGAUUGCACAACAAAUCUUUGAAACUUAUGGCCCUUCUGGAUGGAACGCAGAAUACCUAAUAAACCUUGCUGAAGCUUUGCGUGAAAUAUGCCCCGAUGCUCGUGAUGAUCAUCUCUUUGAGUUAGAGCGACGUGUCAAGGAGCUUGUUGACAAGUCUACUGCCUCCUCCUCCUCAUGAGCGCCCGCCUAUUAGAAUCAGAUAUAGCUGUUGUAUACAUUUGUUUCGCUAUGUUUAAAACAAUUAUUAAGAUGCUCGAUGUUACGUGCGUACACGUUAUUGAAAAAGAAGUUCCUCGAAAAUCAGGAUGGCUUCAGCAGUUGGUAUAACCAUCCCCUUAUCUCGCUCCUUCCCUCACCCCUUGAUGUUAUUCCAAUCAAGAUUCUGUUGCAGAAACGCCCAUAGAAAUUCUGCCUUCGUUGUCGAAUCCUUUGUUAAGCUACACAUUUGCCUUCCGUCGUGAUAGUAACGGACAGUGCUUAUAAAAAGCUUAGACCUACACUUGUUUCCACUUGAUUUGCUGAAGGAUG